CCCGCGCGGACGGUGGCCGGGCGGGACCAUGGGACUCUCGGACAUGGCGCGUGUGCCGCACGUCGUGGCCGACACGGGCGCGUUCCUGAGCGCGGCCCCGCUGCAGGACAUCGCGGAUGCGCUGUACACCGUGCCCGAGGUGCUCGCCGAAAUCCGUGACCGCCCCACACGCCGCCGCCUCGCCGCGCUGCCCUGCGAGCUGCGGGUCCGCCGCCCGCGGCCCGACCUCCUGCGCCUCGUGACCGACUUCUCCAAGAAGACCGGGGACUACCCGAGCCUCUCGGCCGCCGACCUGCAGGUGCUCGCCCUCACGUGCCAGCUCCAGGCCGAGACCGACGGCCCCGGCGGGGUCCGCUGGGAGCCGCAGGACAAGGUGCGGCUCAGCUCCACCCCGCGGCACCCCGAGGCGCCCCUGCACCUCGCCGGCUUCCACCUGCCCGCCAAGCACAGACCCCCGGGGAAGGGGCAGCGCCCGCCCAGCCCCGAGCACGGCCCGAUCCCGGCAGACAGUGACCAGUUCAGCUCCUUCCUGUACUGGCGGCCACCCCUGCCCAGCAUCGAGGAGGAGCUGCAGGAGCUGCUGAGCACCCAGGCCAUCUCCCUCUGCCCCGAGGAGCCCCAGAGCCUCGGGGAUGGGGCCAGCGCUGGUGAGGAGGAGGAGGAAGAGGAGGAGGAGGAAGAGAGUGACGACGAGGGCUGGAUAACACCCAGCAACCUGAAGCAGGCCCAGCAGGACGCAGGGCACUGUGACACAGACCCCGCUGGGGUCCAGGUUGGCUGCGUCACCACAGACUUUGCCAUGCAGAACGUGCUGCUGCAGAUGGGGCUUCAUGUGCUGGCAGUGAACGGGAGGCUGAUCCGCCAGGCCCGGAGCUACAUCCUGCGCUGCCACGGCUGCUUCAGGACCACCUCGGACAUGACCAAGGUUUUCUGUCCCCACUGUGGUAACAAGACCCUGAAGAAGGUCGCCGUGAGUGUCAGUGACGACGGGAGCCUCCACAUGCAUUUCUCCCGCAACCCCAAGGUGCUGAACCCCCGUGGGCUCAGGUACCCGCUGCCAGCGCCGCAGGGCGGGAAACACGCCAACAACCCGCACCUGGUGGAGGACCAGCGGUUCCCGCAGCAGCGGCUCUCCCGCAAGGCCCGGCAGAAAACCAACGUGUUCGACCCCGACUACCUGGCCGGGGUGUCCCCGUUCGCCGAGCACGACGUGCACAGCCGGGCCGCCAACCUGCACAUCCGCGACACCACGCUGGGCGCCGGCCGGCGCCGCCUCAACCCCAAUGCCGUCACCAGGAGGUUUGGGAAGAAGAGGUGAGGGGCAGGAUUGGUCCCCACCUGCAGGACCCACCUGCCUAGGUGUUGUGGUGGCUCUGGGAGGGUGAGGCCUCUCCCAGACCUGGGAACGGGCUGGACUGUUCCUCCCCUGCUUUGCUGGUGCCCAGAGAGGCUUCAACUCUUUGGUUUGGGGAGGCCCCCACCAGGGUGGAGGUGGGUGAGGUGGUGCCUUCCCUGCUCAGCCCCAGGCAACAGUUGUGUCCUAAUAAACACAAAACUCUGUAGCA